GUGCGUUGCGAAAUUGACAGUAACAAAUGAUAAUUCAAUCUUGCUGUCACAUCAUUUAAUUAUUUUUUAUAUUUAUCUGACGUACAUCAAUAAUUAUAAAUAUUAAAAUUACUUAUAGUUUUUUGAAGUUUGUCAUAAAUUCUAAGUACUGAAAAAUAAAAAAUGGCUGAAAAUAGUAAUGAUUUUGAUGCUGAUAAUAAUGACGAAAAUAUUCGUCACAGUUUAGAACUUAAUUAUGGUCUGGCAAUUAAAUUUCCUAAAGUAAUUAAUGGUAAAAUUAAUACGAAAAAUUUUUUGGCUGCAUCUCAAGCCAUCAUCAAAGUUCUAGAUAAAUUUGGUAAAGUUUUUGCUCCGAUAAAAUACGAUAUGCAAAUAAAUAUUGAGAAAAUAAUUAUAAAGUAUUUAGCAAAUAAGCAAGAAUACUUUACACUACAGGAUUUAUUAUUAUCGGAGCAAACGUCGGGUAAAAAUACAAUUGUUAUUGAUGCUUUCGUUUGGUUGACUAGAGGACUGAGAAUGAUUCAGCUGUUUAUCGAUAAAAUAGUAGAAAAUUCAAAAGCAGUACCAGCAAAAACAGGCAACGAGGCUGAGGAUCUUGUAGCUAGUAUUAAAGAUUCUUACAAGGAAUCCUUGGAACCUUAUCACGGCUGGAUGGCCCAGCAGUUGUUUGGAGUACUUAACCAAUUGCUCAUCUAAUCAUCUAA